ACCUAAUCAAAAAAUUGAAUAAAGAAUGAAAAUUAAAUUGAAUUUUCUAAUUUAUAUCGUAAAUCGAACUUUCAAUUGCAUUAAUAUAAAAUGCUAUUCGCAAUCAAAAAUUUUAUUUAAUAAAUUAAAUAUCAAUUCGAAUAAUUGGAAAGACCAACUUGAUAAGACGAUGCAAAUUUUCCCAAAUUUUAUAACAGUUGAAGAAGAAAUAUCUUUAACUGAAGAAAUUGAUUCUUAUAUAAAAAGAUUACGAUAUGAACAAUCGCAUUGGGAUGAUGCAAUACAUAAUUAUAGAGAGACGGAAAAAAGUAAAUGGAAUGAAAAAAAUAUAAAAAUAAUAGAUAGAAUUCGGAAAAAAGCAUUUGCCAAAGAAAUAUCUCAUAUUCCAUUAAUACACAUUUUAGAUUUAGCAUCUGAAGGAUGGAUAAAACCACAUGUUGAUAGUAUAAAAUUCUGUGGAGAAAUUAUUGCUGGUUUAAGUUUGUUAACAGAUAGUGUAAUGAGAUUAAAAAUGGUUGAUAAUGAAUUAUUAUACAAAGAUUUUUUAUUAUCAAGAAGAUCCUUAUACAUAAUGAGUGGCAUUGCUAGAUAUAAUUAUACACAUGAAAUUUUAAAAAAUAAAGAAUCCUUUUUUAAAGGACAAUAUAUAUUAAAAGAUAGACGUAUUUCAAUAAUAUGUAGGAGUCAACCAAAUCAUAAUUAUAAACAAUAUUAAUUCUGCAAUGAUAUACUUUUUUAUAUUUUCAAUUCAGUGAAUGAUACACUAUAGUUUUCUAAAUAUGUUUACAUCAUGUAAAGAAUUUUAGAAAAUAUUAUUGAUAUACUUUAAAAUAUCUAUUUUU